UUUAGCUAGGGCAGCAAGCUAGAGGGUGGAGAGAAAAAAGAGCGUAUUCUGCAUCCACAUAGAGGAGGUGUAUUCGAUAUCUACAGAGGAGGGUUUCUUGAGUUUGGGUGAUAGUUUGGAGAGAAAGUUGCUACAGGAGGCGUUUUAGUGAGUGUUUUUUUACGAUAUGGGGCAAAGGUGAUUUUGUUGCUGGUUUUUGAGAGAUAUUUUGCUGGGGAGAGACGAGAGAGUACUCUGUUUGGGGGGAUUUUCUGGGCUGGCUGUUGGCUUGAGAAGAGGGAACAUGAGAGAAGAGAGAGCUUUCACAGAAGAAGCAAGGAACCGAGGAGAGAGUUUGCAGCUCGCUGGGAACCAAGUGACUUUGCUCCAAAGGAGUCAUUCAGUGUUGGAUAUCUUGUUUGGGUCGGCCGUUUGGAUCGGAAUGUUCCUAAGGGAAAGCUGUGCCAGAGUCUUUGGAGAGGAAUCAUUUCAAGUUGAACGGAAGAGGAGUUUGUCAUCUUGGGUCCAGGAUUUUUCUAUAUUUAUUCCUCUGCUUCCGGUGCGUUUGAAGAACUGAGUAUCACAGUUGGUCCGACUGCUUACUGGGUUGAUAGUUUGCUGGGUUGGAUAUCUUGUUUGGCGUGCUUUCGAGAGGCGAACCCAGUGUUUCUGGCUUUCUAUGCGGUUUUGAAAUAUUUCAGACAACAGAGAUGUGAACAGUGAAGAUAAACCUCCCUUGUGGCGUACCAAAGCACUGGAAAUGGAUCCAUCGGUGGAGACACAUCCUCCAAUUACUUUACCACUUGUUCUUAAGCCCUGACCCUUGCAUGAAUACGAUGAUACAUGACCAUCCUCUUGAGGCAAGAUAAUGCUUGGGGAAAGAUUGGGGUGAUGGGAGCGUUUCCAAAUUUUGUGGGUUUGAGACUGAGUUCCUGGAGGACGUGCCUCGACUUUUGUCAUUAAGUCUAUCAUCACUUGCGGCUCUUGAUUUGGAUGUUGCACUUUCGAUGGAUCUGACUUAUGGAGCAGGCUUAAUAGUUAAUGAUUGUAACGGGUUCGGUGUUCUACCGGUUGCAGGGUCGAACCUAGCUUUGAGCCUUACUCAAUGGAGUAGCCAUAUUAUGGUGGAAGUUUUGGAUAUUAUUCAUGUCAGUAAGGAGGACCAAGAGAGCGUAUUUGUCUUGCUUGCUGUAGUUUCGUGGAUGGGAAAUGCCUCAUUUGCUAUGGUUGAUGAUUAAAAUCAUGUUGAAGCUAUGGCAGAUGAAGGUCUGAUCAAUGUUACUAAGUCAAUCAGACGGAGUGUUGAGGGUUUUAAAGUAAGUCUCAUCUACUCACAGGAUGAGGGUUGGAAGUGAUACAUUCUUUUGGGAUGUUUGAGUCUCACAGAUCUGUUAUUGUAUGGCAACAAUCUCUCUGGGGGAUUACCUGGUUAUCUGGGAGAGCUUCAGCUGGUUACGUUGGAACUGUCAAAAAAACAAGUUCUCCGGAAAAAUUCCUGAUCAACUGUGGGAGUCUAAAACCCUUAUGGAGAUAUUGCUCAGCAACAAUUUGCUUGCAGGUCAGCUUCCAGCUGCUCUUGCUAAAGUUUUGACAUUGCAGAGGCUGCAGUGGGAUAAUAAUUUCUUUGAAGGGACCAUUCCGAGUAACAUCGGAGAACUAAAAAAUCUCACUAAUUUGUCACUGCAUGGAAACCAAUUGACUGGAGAGAUCCCUUUGGAACUUUUCAAUUGUAAGAAGUUAGUAUCCCUGGAUCUGGGUGCAAACAGGCUUAUGGGUUCAAUUCCAAAAUCUAUAUCACAGUUGAAACUGCUUGACAAUCUGGUACUAUCCAAUAACCGAUUCUCUGGUCCAAUUCCUGAAGAGAUCUGCUCUGGGUUUCAAAAGGUGCCCUUACCGGACUCUGAAUUCACCCAGCACUAUGGUAUGCUUGAUUUAUCUUAUAAUGAGUUUGUGGGCUCCAUACCAGCAACAAUUAAGCAGUGCAUUGUUGUGACAGAGCUACUGUUGCGGGGAAACAAGGUUACUGGUGUCAUUCCUCAUGAUAUUUCAGAUCUGGCAAACUUAACCUUGCUUGAUCUGUCUUUCAAUGCUUUGACAGGGCCAGCUGUACCAAAGUUCUUUGCUUUGAGAAACCUUCAGGGGCUUAUCCUUUCCCAUAACCAGCUAACAGGAGCCAUCCCUGUUGAUCUGGGCUUGUUGAUGCCAAACUUAGCUAAGCUUGAUUUGGCAAACAACUGGCUCACUGGCUCACUGGCUCACUGGCUCACUGCCUUCAUCCAUAUUCAGCAUGAAGAGCCUGACCUAUCUAGACAUUAGCAUGAAUUCUUUCUUGGGUCCCAUUUCUCUUGAUUCUAGGACCAGCAGUUCUCUGUUGGUUCUAAAUGCCAGCAACAACCAUUUGUCUGGUACCCUUUGUGACUCGGUAUCAAAUCUAACAUCCCUUUCUAUCCUAGAUCUUCACAACAACACACUCACAGGCAGCUUGCCUUCUUCACUGUCAAAACUUGUUGCCUUGACAUACCUCGAUUUCUCCAAUAACAAUUUCCAAGAGUCUAUCCCAUGCAAUAUUUGUGACAUAGCAGGCCUUGCCUUUGCCAAUUUCUCUGGCAACAGAUUCACUGGCUAUGCACCAGAGAUUUGCUUGAAGGACAAACAGUGCUCAGCACUCCUACCUGUUUUCCCUUCUUCUCAGGGCUACCCAGCUGUGAGAGCUCUGACCCAAGCCUCUAUCUGGGCUAUUGCACUAAGUGUCACUUUCAUCUUCCUAGUCCUGCUCAUAUUUCUUCUCAGAUGGAGGAUGCUGAGGCAAGGUACUGUAGUUCUUGACAAGGGAAAGGACAAGCUAGUGACAGCGGUUGAGCCAGAAUCCACUGAUGAGCUGCUGGGCAAGAAGCCAAAGGAGACACCUAGCAUCAAUAUUGCAACAUUUGAGCACUCUUUGCGGAGGAUGAAACCUUCAGACAUCUUAUCAACAACUGAAAACUUCAGCAAGACUUACAUUAUUGGUAUUGGUGGGUUGGCAUAGUUGGGAUUCUCCAGCUGGGGUAUGAAUGAAGACUGAUGAGGGGAAAGGAGGAUUCUUCAGAGUAGGAUUCAUCUGAUGAAUGGCAAUGAUAUAGAAAUGGUAGAUGUUGAAGCAGACCGAUUCAAAAUCUGGGAAGGAAGUUCCCAAAACCCCUGCCUCUCCUCAUAUGCAGACGAGAGGUUCAAGGGCUUUGGUCAUGUCGAGUUUGCUACUCUAGAAGCAGCACAGAAGGCUCCCCAAAUGAAUGAUAGAGACUUGCUGGGUUGAGCUGUCAGACUUGAUUUGUCCCAUGAAAGGGGCACAUGUACUCCACAUAGCGGAAGAGAGCAAUUCAUUCCAAAAGCUCAGGACCAAGGCAGCUGACUGUUCCCUCGGGGUUUGGACCAAAUAAAAGCAACUGGGGUUGGAUUUGGUUGGAAUGAUGCAUGGCCACCUUUGGCAUGCAAACCUUGGUGGCCACGUGUCACAUCUUUUUAUUUAUUUAUUUUUUCCCUUUU